AUGCCGGGGCUGUGCGGGCGCUUCCCCUCGCUGCUGCUGGGGCUGGCGGCCGCGCUGCUGCUCCGGGGGCGGCAGCUCCCCGCCGCCGCCGCCACCAGCCCCGCCGAGCUGAGCCGCAGCCGCCCCGGGGCCCCCUCCGCGGCUACUGCAGGAUCUGUGUUUAUGCUGAAAGUUCAAGUAAACGACAUUAUCAGUCAUCAGUACCUACCCCAAGCAAUUGUAGAAGUGUUUGUUAACUACACAAAGACAAAUUCCACACUCACUGGAAACAAUGGAGUAGUAUUAAUAAAAGUUCCCUACAAGUUAGGUCUAAGUUUAACUAUUGCAUCUUACAAAGAGGGCUACAUGUUAACACCAUUGCCUUGGAAGACUGGGAGAAUGCCAAUAUACUCAUCUGUAACACUUUCACUAUUCCCACAAAGCCAAGCUAAUAUAUGGUUGUUUGAAGAUACAGUUUUAAUUACUGGAAAACUGUCUGAUGCCAAAUCUCAACCAAGUGUUCAGUUUCCCAAAACUUUAAUUAAACUUCCUAUAAGCCACCAUAUUACAAACGUGACUGCCUAUUUGACAGUGCCACAGCAGUUUUUGAAAAUGGACAAUUUUCUUUAUACAACAGGAAUUCUUCUAAAUAAAUCAGGUUUUAAAAGCAUUGAAUUGACCCCUCUUGCUGCAAUAUGUGUAAACCUCCUUUCAGCUGGGAAAGAAUUGAAAGUGACUGGUCCAAUUCAUAUUACGCUGCCUCUUCUACCGACAAGUAGGGUAAAAUCAGGAGAUGCUAUACCUGCAUGGACUUUUGACAUGAAAACUGGUGCUUGGGUAAGUCGUGGGCUGGGAAUGGUCAAGAAUGCAAAUGACCAUUUAGUAUGGACGUAUGUUGCUCCACACUUGGGAUACUGGAUAGCAGCUCCAGUGCCUGAAACCAGAGACUCUAUUAUUAGUGCAGUUUCCAAGGACAUAACAGCCUAUCACACAGUGUUCCUUACAGCCAUACUUGGAGGUACUAUAGUCAUUAUCAUUGGAUUCUUCACUGUUCUUCUCUGUUACUGCAGGGAUAAAUGUGGCCAAUCACAUAAGCGGGGAAAAAACACAACUAAACUGGAGGUCUUAAAAAAGGACCAGACAACAUCAACAACUCACAUAAAUCAUCUCAGUGCUGUGAAGGGGUCAGUAAAGCUAGAGGAUAAAUCACAAUCAUACAUGCCCAAGCUUUCCUCCUUUAGCCCUCACGGAAAGACUUCUAUGGAAACAGAGGACAAAAAAGCCUGGGACAAUUUUCAAAUCUACACAGAAAAUGUUUCAUAUCAAUCCAAUCAGAGUGGUCACGCGAGGAAUUCAGCCCAGCCCUUGGAGCCUAAUGCUGGAGUUAGACAAUUACAGCACUUUAACAGCAGUGUUUCCCAAUCUCCCAGGGACAUUCAAGACCAAAACCGAUAUCUUGCAGUGAACGAAGAGAUGUAUGGGCUUUCCCAUAUCCCAGAACAACUAAUGCAUAUUUAUAGUAAGCCUAUUGCCAUUCUUCAAACCUCUGACCUGUUCCACUCUCCAGAGCAAUUACAUGCUGCUAAGUCAGCUACUUUGCCUAGAAAAGGGCAGGUAGUCUAUAGCCCAAUGAUGGAGCCCAUGAAUCGAGACAGCUAUACACAGACGUUGCCCAAAAUGCUAAUGCACUCUCCUCUCCAGCCUCCCACCGGCAGAGAUGAGAGAGCCACAUUAGAUGGUCAACAGGGCUUAUCCUCACAAACUUCAAACUGGGGUCGGUAUACCAAUAAUUUACUGGAGUCUGUCUCUGUCCCUGGGACACUGAACGAAGCAGUUAUGACACCAUUUUCCUCUGAACUUCAAGGUAUUUCAGAGCAAACAUUAUUGGAGCUUUCUAAAGGAAAACCAUCCCCACACCCCAGAGCAUGGUUCGUGUCACUAGAUGGAAAGCCAGUCGCUCAAGUGAGGCACUCUUUCAUAGAUCUGAAAAAGGGCAGGAAAACAGAAAGUAAUGACACCAGCCUGGACUCUGGCGUGGACAUGAAUGAGCAUCAUCCCAGUCGAAAACUGGAGAGAGAGAAAACUUUCAUUAAAAGCAUGCAUCAUUCUAAGAUCCUUUAUUUGGAAGAUUUGGAUCUGAGUAGCAGCGAAAGUGGGACCACUGUUUGCAGCCCUGAUGAUCAGUCUGUGAGACACCUAUUGGACGGAGGAAGUGGGCCGGUCAUAGAACAGCACACGGAAGAACAACCACGAAAAAAAAACACAACAAAAGGUCAUGAGUCCAGUACUCCACCAGCUAAAAAAAGAGGUAGACCCCCUAUGGCUAAGAAAGAUAGUCAAACCAAUAUCUGGAAAAAGAGGGAGGAGAGACCACUGAUUCCUAUAAAUUGAAACACAGUGUGUUCAGUGUUCUUGCUUUUUCUAGCAGUUUGUGCACUCUUUCCUCUUUGCUUCUUGUUGUAAAUUUGCAAUGUUGGAUUUAUAAGGAGCAGUCAAAAUGGUUUUCUAGUAUCAGGUAAAGUUACAUUUCUUAAUGUGCAGACCAAGGAUUAUGAUUUCAACGGAGCAUUGGAUAUAAAAUGUGAAUUUAUCACUGAGAAAUGCUAUUAUGGUUUGUUUAAAUUUUUCAUUCUUGGGGUACACCUCUGGGGGUGCAAAGCUAGAAAUUUAGGCACUUUUAUUUUUUGUAGGCAUAGUUCUGGGUAGCGAUGUUAAAAUGUUUCCAAAAUGAUGUCCCUCACUGGAGUGACCAGCAGGCUAUUGUGUAGCAUUUACACAUAACUUUUACUGGUGCCCUGACCAUAGGAAUUCCUACUUUGUAGAAAGUUUCACUACAUUAGUCUCAAUGUGUUCUUGGAAAUAAUCAGGGACUUGGUAUCUACUCCAGACACUUGUUAAAAGUCUGCAAAAAUCUUCCCUUUCAUGUGUUACUCAAUGCAUAUUGAGUCAAAUUUGGCUCUCUCUCAUAGGCUAUUGAGUUACUCCUGAUUCACAUGGGUGUAUUUAGGAUAAAACUUGAUGUCUAAUGAAAAUACCUUCGUAAACAUGGGCAAAUGGUGCCUUUUGCAGAAAAGAUACUUUUAGAAGGAAUGAUCUGUACUGUUGCAUUUAUUCACUUUUAAAAGUUUUUAAAAACAAAUAGUAAAUUUGAUCACAUUGGCUAAUGUGCCACUUUUUUUGCUACUUUUGGUGGUAGGCCAUGUAGCACAGAGGUGUUAAAAACUGAUUGCUUAUUGUUUAGACUUUUGAGCAUAUGGAAGCUGAGCUCCAAACUUGGUCCACAGAACAACAGAGACACUUGAUUAUGAGUUAUUACUAAGUUAAACAGCUACCAAAAGUUGUGAAUGCAUGAAAUGUAACUAACAUAUGUAUAGAGGAAGGAAAUGUCUAUCAAAAUAUAUUUUUUGUUUUAAAUGGUCAUUUGUCAAAGUGAUGGAUUUAGCUUUGGCUAACAGAAAAGUAGACUCUCACACUUUUUAAUGUGCUUCACAUGAAAUAGAAUAUUUCCUGUGACCUUUAAGAUGUUUCUCUGAAGAAAUAAGUCACAGCAUUUUGGCUUUAGCAAUUUGAUUAUAAAGGAUGGCUUUAAAAAUUGUUAUAGUAGAAAAUUCCUUUUAAAAAAAAAAAGCUUUUUAAUGUCUAUAUAGUACAUAUGGUUAAAAUAACAGAACUAAAAUAUGUAUACACUCUAUGGACCUGGGCUGCAGUCAUCUUCACUCAGGAAACAAUACCAUCAAACUCGGUGAACUGUUGGGCGUUGGUAUCAUUCCUUCUUUUACUAGAAGAAUUUGCAAACCAAAUUGCAAACCAUACCAUGUUUCUGACUCUUCCUAGUAUGCCAUUGCUUCCUGAACAUAUGAAAUCCUUAU